AUAACAGCAUAACAGCAUGUUAGCGGAGGAGCAAUUCUGUUAACUAAAAUUAAAAGCAAAACGUGCUUUUGUGCAAAAUUUAAAUACAACUAACCGAACUCCGUGCAUUCAUUGAAAUUCCACAAUCAUGGGUAAAAAGGACAAAAACAAAAAGAAGGGCAAGGGAGCCGAGAAAACGGCCAUGAAAACAGACAAAAAAUUGGCCGCCAAGCAAAAGAAAAUGCUUGAGAAACUUGGAGAAGCCGACAUAGCGGACAUUGUUAAGAAACUGGAGGAUCAAGAGGGGCGCAUAGCUGCCAUUACGGAGGAUGUCUGUCCACCGCCCACACCGCGCUCCAAUUUCUCUUUGGUUGCGCAUCCCGAGAAGGAUGAAUUGAUCAUGUUUGGUGGCGAGCUUUACAAUGGCUCCAAGACUACUGUCUUCAAUGAUCUGUUCUUUUAUAAUGUCACACGCAAUGAGUGGAAGCAGCUGCGCUCGCCGUCAGGACCAACGCCACGAAGUGGUCAUCAAAUGGUUGCCGUUGCCACAGAUGGCGGGCAGCUUUGGAUGUUUGGUGGCGAGCAUGCCAGCCCCUCACAGCUGCAGUUCUAUCACUACAGGGAUCUUUGGACUAUGAGCCUGAAGACACGCCAAUGGUCCAAGGUUGCAGCACCGAAUGGACCAAGCGCUAGAAGUGGUCAUCGCAUGGCUGCCGUCAAAAAGCGUCUCUUCGUAUUUGGCGGCUUCCAUGAUAAUAAUCAAUCCUAUCAUUACUACAAUGACGUGCAUGUCUUCUCGCUGGAAUCCUACGAAUGGCUUAAGAUAGAGAUCGCCAGCGGCAUUGCGCCUGCGGUGCGUUCCGGCUGUUGCAUGGCUGCCACCACGGAUGGCAAGAUCUAUGUAUGGGGUGGCUACGCGAGAACCUCAAUGAAGAAGGACUUGGAUCGCGGCAUUACACACACAGACAUGUUUGCGCUUGAGCUGGAUAAGCAUGGCAAUGGCAAUAAGUACAAAUGGAGCGCAGUAAAGGCUGGUGGCUAUCGUCCGAAGCCACGCAAUAGCGUUGGCUGCGCCGUGGCGCUUAAUAGCAAGGCGUACUGCUUUGGCGGCGUCAUGGAUGUCAACGAGGAUGAUGAGAAUGUGCAAGGUCAGUUCGGUGACGAGCUGCUGGCCUUUGACCUAAGCGCACAAGCCUGGCGCUUACUGGAAGUAUCAGAGAAGACUAAAACGAGCAGCAAGAAGGAUAAUGAUAAGAUUGCCGACGUUGAAAUGGACGACGACGAUGCAAGUGCGUCCAGUAAAACGGUCACAACCACUACAGAUGGUAUAUUCACCGUCACCGUGGGUGGUCCCAGCUCCAGUCAGCCCUACGUAUCAAAAAUACCCAGUCUGUUUCCCAGUCCGCGGCGCACGGAUGUGCCCUCGCCUCGCAUGAACCCAGGACUUUGCAUAUGCAAGGGCGUGCUUUAUGUAUUCGGCGGUCUCUAUGAGGAGGAUGAGCGACAGCAAACGCUGAGCGACUUCUAUGCGCUGGACCUGCAUAAAUUGGACAAGUGGCGAGUGAUUAUAGCGGGCAAUCAAAAGGCGCACGAUUGGAUUGAUGACAGCGAGAGCAGCAGCUCCGAUGAAGAAUGCAGCAGCGAUGAUGAUGACGACGAUAGCUCGGGCAUGGAAACGGAUUAGCACGACUACAAGUUCUGUCC